ACUGGAAAAAUACAUAUUUUCUCACAUUGAAGAGAGUAAUUCCUUGAGUUGUGAAAAAUUGCAUGCCAUUUCUCUUGGGGUGGCUCGUGGAAUUGAGUACUUUCAUAAUGGAUGUGAUAUGAAAAUUCUACACUUUGAUAUAAAGCCUCAUACCAUCCUUCUUGAUGAAUAUUUCAAUCCAAAAGUUUCUGAUUUUGGACUUGCUAGACUUUGUCCUACAGAUAAAAGCAUUGUGCCAUUAACUGCUGCAAGAGGAACGAUUGGAUACAUGGCCCCUGAACUGUUCUACAGAAAUAUUGGCACAAUAUCUUACAAAGCUGAUGUCUAUAGCUUUGGGAUGUUGUUAAUGGAGAUGGCGAGUAGAAGGAAGAAUUUGAAUGCAUUGGCCGAUCAAUCUAGCCAAAUUUAUUUCCCUUUCUGGAUUUAUGAUCGAUUACAUGAUGGAAGGGAAGUAUCUAUUGAAAAUGACACAUAUCAGGAAAUGAAAUUGGCAAAGAAAAUGAUGAUCGUGGCUUUGUGGUGUAUACAAACAAAUCCCGAGGAUCGUCCUUCAAUGGAAAAAGUUUUGGAGAUGCUUGAAGAAGAAGAUGGGGACUUGCAAAUUCCUAAUAAGCCUUACUUUUGUCCACAAGAUCCACCAGUAGAGGAUGUUGGAGAUAAUAGUAGUAGCAACUCAUGGACUUCCUAUGGUACAUCAGUUAGUGAUCCCAAGGGACCAACCUAA